AUGAUUGUACCUGCUGCUGUCCUCCUGCUGUCCUCCCGCUGUCCUCCUGUCCUCCACCUGUCCUGCUGUCCUCCACCUGUCCUGCUGUCCUCCAUCUGUCCUGCUGUCCUCCUGCUGUCCUCCACCUGUCCUGCUGUCCUCCAUCUGUCCUGCUAUCCUCCUGCUGUCCUCCACCUGUCCUGCUGUCCUCCAUCUGUCCUGCUAUCCUCCUGCUGUCCUCCACCUGUCCUGCUGUCCUCCAUCUGUCCUGCUAUCCUCCUGCUGUCCUCCACCUGUCCUGCUGUCCUCCAUCUGUCCUGCUGUCCUCCUGCUGUCCUCCAUCUGUCCUGCUGUCCUCCAUCUGUCCUGCUGUCCUCCAUCUGUCCUGCUGUCCUCCAUCUGUCCUGCUGUCCUCAAUCUGUCCUGCUGUCCUCCCGCUGUCCUCCACCUGUCCUGCUAUCCUUCCACCUGUCCUCCACCUGUCCUGCUGUCCUCCACCUGUCCUGCUGUCCUCCACCUGUCCUGCUGUCCUCCAUCUGUCCUGCUGUCCUCCACCUGUCCUGCUGUCCUCCACCUGUCCUGCUGUCCUCCACCUGUCCUGCUGUCCUCCACCUGUCCUGCUGUCCUCCACCUGUCCUCCUGUCCUCCACCUGUCCUGCUGUCCUCCUCCACCUGUCCUGCUGUCCUCCACCUGUCCUGCUGUCCUCCAUCUGUCCUGCUGUCCUCCCGCUGUCCUCCAUCUGUCCUGCUGUCCUCCCGCUGUCCUCCAUCUGUCCUGCUGUCCUCCACCUGUCCUGCUGUCCUCCAUCUGUCCUGCUGUCCUCCCGCUGUCCUCCAUCUGUCCUGCUGUCCUCCACCUGUCCUGCUGUCCUCCAUCUGUCCUGCUGUCCUCCAUCUGUCCUGCUGUCCUCCAUCUGUCCUGCUGUCCUCCACCUGUCCUGCUGUCCUCCAUCUGUCCUGCUGCCCUCCACCUGUCCUGCUGUCCCUCCACCUGUCCUGCUGUCCUCCAUCUGUCCUGCUAUCCUCCUGCUGUCCUCCACCUGUCCUGCUGUCCUCCAUCUGUCCUGCUGUCCUCCAUCUGUCCUGCUGUCCUCCAUCUGUCCUGCUGUCCUCCCGCUGUCCUCAAUCUGUCCUGCUUCCUCCCGCUGUCCUGUCCUGCUGUCCUCCACCUGUCCUGCUGUCCUCCACCUGUCCUGCUGUCCUCCACCUGUCCUGCUGUCCUCCACUGUCCUGCUGUCCUCCUGUCUGCGUCCUCCACCUGUCCUGCUGUCCUCCAUCUGUCCUGCUGUCCUCCACCUGUCCUGCUGUCCUCCAUCUGUCCUGCUGUCCUCAUCUCCGCUGUCCUCCAUCUGUCCUGCUAUCUCCGUCCUCCAUCUGUCCUGCUGUCCUCCACCUGUCCUGCUGUCCUCCAUCUGUCCUGCUGUCCUCCACCUGUCUCUGUCCUCCGCUGUCCUCCACCUGUCCUGCUGUCCUCCACCUGUCCUGCUGUCCUCCACCUGUCCUGCUGUCCUCCACCUGUCCUGCUGUCCUCCACCUGUCCUGCUGUCCUCCACCUGUCCUGCUGUCCUCCACCUGUCCUGCUGUCCUCCACCUGUCCUGCUGUCCUCCACCUGUCCUGCUGUCCUCCACCUGUCCUGCUGUCCUCCAUCUGUCCUGCUGUCCUCCACCUGUCCUGCUGUCCUCCACCUGUCCUGCUGUCCUCCACUGUCCUCCACUGUCCUGCUGUCCUCCACCUGUCCUGCUGUCCUCCACCUGUCCUCCCCUGUCCUGCUGUCCUCCACCUGUCCUGCUGUCCUCCAUCUGUCCUGCUGUCCUCCAUCUGUCCUGCUGUCCUCCAUCUGUCCUGCUGUCCUCCACUGUCCUGCUGUCCUCCCCUGUCCUGCUGUCCUCCACCUGUCCUGCUGUCCUCCACCUGUCCUGCUGUCCUCCACUCCUGUCCUGUCCCUCCAUCUGUCCUGCUGUCCUCCAUCUGUCCUGCUGUCCUCCACUGUCCUGCUGUCCUCCAUCCUGUCCUGCUGUCCUCCAUCUGUCCUGCUGUCCUCCCGCUGUCCUCCACCUGUCCUGCUGUCCUCCACUGUCCUGCUGUCCUCCACCUGUCCUGCUGUCCUCCACUGUCCUGCUGUCCUCCAUCCUGUGCUCCUGCUGUCCUCCAUCUGUCCUGCUGUCCUCCACCUGUCCUGCUGUCCUCCAUCUGUCCUGCUGUCCUCCACUGCUGUGUCCUCCAUGUCUGUGUCCUCCACCUGUCCUGCUGUCCUCCAUGUCUGCUGUCCUCCAUCUGUCCUGUCCUCCAUCUGUCCUGCUGUCCUCCACCUGUCCUGCUGUCCUCCACCUGUCCUGCUGUCCUCCACUGUCCUGCUGUCCUCCACCUGUCCUGCUGUCCUCCACCUGUCCUGCUGUCCUCCACCUGUCCUGCUGUCCUCCAUCUGUCCUGCUGUCCUCCAUCUGUCCUGCUGUCCUCCACCUGUCCUGCUGUCCUCCAUCUGUCCUGCUGUCCUCCACGUCUGUCCCCCGCUGUCCUCCACCUGUCCUGCUGUCCUCCACCUGUCCUGCUGUCCUCCAUCUGUCCUGCUGUCCUCCACGUCUGUCCAUCUGCUGUCCUCCAUCUGUCCUGCUGUCCUCCAUCUGUCCUGCUGUCCUCCACCUGUCCUGCUGUCCUCCAUCCUGUCCUGCUGUCCUCCAUCUGUCCUGCUGUCCUCCACCUGUCCUGCUGUCCUCCACCUGUCCUGCUGUCCUCCAUCUGUCCUGCUGUCCUCCACCUGUCCUGCUGUCCUCCACCUGUCCUGCUGUCCUCCAUCUGUCCUGCUGUCCUCCAUCUGUCCUGCUGUCCUCCGCUGUCCUCCACCUGUCCUCCUGCUGUCCUCCACUGUCCUGCUGUCCUCCAUCUGUCCUGCUGUCUCCGCUGUCCUCCACCUGUCCUGCUGUCCUCCACCUGUCCUGCUGUCCUCCACCUGUCCUGCUGUCCUCCAUCUGUCCUGCUGUCCUCCCCUGUCCUCCAUCUGUCCUGCUGUCCUCCACCUGUCCUGCUGUCCUCCAUCUGUCCUGCUGUCCUCCGCUGUCCUCCACCUGUCCUGCUGUCCUCCAUCUGUCCUGCUGUCCUCCAUCUGUCCUGCUGUCCUCCAUCUGUCCUGCUGUCCUCCAUCUGUCCUGCUGUCCUCCCUGCUGUCCUCCACCUGUCCUGCUGUCCUCCAUCUGUCCUGCUGUCCUCCAUCUGUCCUGCUGUCCUCCGCUGUCCUCCAUCUGUCCUGCUAUCCUCCCGCUGUCCUCCAUCUGUCCUGCUAUCCUCCCGCUGUCCUCCAUCUGUCCUGCUGUCCUCCACCUGUCCUGCUGUCCUCCACCUGUCCUGCUGUCCUCCUGCUGUCCUCCACCUGUCCUGCUGUCCCUCCACCUGUCCUGUCCUGCUGUCCUCCACCUGUCCUGCUGUCCUCCACGCUGUCCUCCACUGUCCUGCUGUCCUCCACCUGUCCUGCUGUCCUCCACCUGUCCUGCUGUCCUCCACUGUCUGCUGUCCUCCACCUGUCCUGCUGUCCUCCACUGUCUGUCCUCCAUCUGUCCUCCCUGUCCUCCAUCCUGUCCUCUGUCCUCCUGUCCUCCACCUGUCCUGCUGUCCUCCACCUGUCCUGCUGUCCGCCAUCUGUCCUGCUGUCCUCCAUCUGUCCUGCUGUCCUCCCGCUGUCCUCCACCUGUCCUGCUGUCCUCCACCUGUCCUGCUGUCCUCCAUCUGUCCUGCUGUCCUCCAUCUGUCCUGCUGUCCUCCACCUGUCCUGCUGUCCUCCAUCUGUCCUGCUGUCCUCCCGCUGUCCUCCACCUGUCCUCCCGCUGUCCUCCACCUGUCCUGCUGUCCUCCAUCUGUCCUGCUGUCCUCCAUCUCUGCGUCCUGCUGUCCUCCACCUGUCCUGCUGUCCUCCAUCUGUCCUGCUGUCCUCCCGCUGUCCUCCACCUGUCCUGCUGUCCUCCACCUGUCCUGCUGUCCUCCACCUGUCCUGCUGUCCUCCAUCUGUCCUGCUGUCCUCCCGCGUCCUCCACCUGUCCUGCUGUCCUCCAUCUAUCCUGCUGUCCUCCAUCUGUCCUGCUGUCCUCCAUCUGUCCCGGUGUCCUCCACUGUCCUCCAUCCUGUCCUGCUGUCCUCCUCCAUCUGUCCUGCUUCUCCAUCUGUCCUGCUGUCCCUCUUCCUCCUCUGUCCUCCGCUGUCCUCCACCUGUCCUGCUGUCCUCCAUCUGUCCUGCUGUCCUCCACCUGUCCUGCUGUCCUCCACCUGUCCUGCUGUCCUCCACCUGUCCUGCUGUCCUCCACCUGUCCUGCUGUCCUCCAUCUGUCCUGCUGUCCUCCCGCUGUCCUCCACCUGUCCUGCUGUCCUCCACCUGUCCUGCUGUCCUCCCGCUGUCCUCCACCUGUCCUGCUGUCUUCCAUCUGUCCUGCUGUCCUCCAUCUGUCCUGCUGUCCUCCACCUGUCCUGCUGUCCUCCAUCUGUCCUGCUGUCCUCCCGCUGUUCUCCACCUGUCCUCCCGCUGUCCUCCACCUGUCCUGCUGUCCUCCACCUGUCCUGCUGUCCUCCAUCUGUCCUGCUGUCCUCCCGCUGUCCUCCACCUGUCCUGCUGUCCUCCACCUGUCCUGCUGUCCUCCAUCUGUCCUGCUGUCCUCCAUCUGUCCGCUGUCCUCCAUCUGUCCUGCUGUCUCCUCCAUCUGUCCCGCUGUCCUCCAUCUGUCCCGCUGUCCUCCAUCUGUCCUGCUAUCCUCCCUGUCCUCCUCAUCUGUCCUGCUGUCCUCCACCUGUCCUGCUGUCCUCCAUCUGUCCUGCUGUCCUCCAUCUGUCCUGCUGUCCUCCAUCUGUCCUGCUGUCCUCCAUCUGUCCUGCUGUCCUCCAUCUGUCCUGCUGUCCUCCCGCUGUCCUCCAUCUGUCCUGCUAUCCUCCCGCUGUCCUCCAUCUGUCCUGCUGUCCUCCACCUGUCCUGCUGUCCUCCACCUGUCCUGCUGUCCUCCAUCUGUCCUGCUGUCCUCCCGCUGUCCUCCACCUGUCCUGCUGUCCUCCACCUGUCCUGCUGUCCUCCACCUGUCCUGCUGUCCUCCCGCUGUCCUCCACCUGUCCUGCUGUCCUCCACCUGUCCUGCUGUCCUCCCGCUGUCCUCCACUUGUCCUGCUGUCCUCCAUCUGUCCUGCUGUCCUCCACCUGUCCUCCACCUGUCCUGCUGUCCUCCAUCUGUCCUGCUGUCCUCCCGCUGUCCUCCACCUGUCCUCCCGCUGUCCUCCACCUGUCCUGCUGUCCUCCACCUGUCCUGCUGUCCUCCACCUGUCCUGCUGUCCUCCAUCUGUCCUGCUGUCCUCCCGCUGUCCUCCACCUGUCCUGCUGUCCUCCAUCUGUCCUGCUGUCCUCCAUCUUUCCUGCUGUCCUCCACCUGUCCUGCUGUCCUCCACCUGUCCUGCUGUCCUCCAUCUGUCCUGCUGUCCUCCCGCUGUCCUCCACCUGUCCUGCUGUCCUCCACCUGUCCUGCUGUCCUCCAUCUGUCCUGCUGUCCUCCAUCUGUCCUGCUGUCCUCCACCUGUCCUGCUGUCCUCCAUCUGUCCUGCUGUCCUCCCGCUGUUCUCCACCUGUCCUCCCGCUGUCCUCCACCUGUCCUGCUGUCCUCCACCUGUCCUGCUGUCCUCCAUCUGUCCUGCUGUCCUCCCGCUGUCCUCCACCUGUCCUGCUGUCCUCCAUCUGUCCUGCUGUCCUCCAUCUGUCCCGCUGUCCUCCAUCUGUCCUGCUAUCCUCCCGCUGUCCUCCAUCUGUCCUGCUAUCCUCCUGCUGUCCUCCAUCUGUCCUGCUGUCCUCCACCUGUCCUGCUGUCCUCCACCUGUCCUGCUGUCCUCCACCUGUCCUGCUGUCCUCCAUCUGUCCUGCUGUCCUCCAUCUGUCCUGCUGUCCUCCAUCUGUCCUGCUGUCCUCCACCUGUCCUGCUGUCCUCCACCUGUCCUGCUGUCCUCCAUCUGUCCUGCUGUCCUCCCGCUGUCCUCCACCUGUCCUGCUGUCCUCCACCUGUCCUGCUGUCCUCCAUCUGUCCUGCUGUCCUCCCGCUGUCCUCCACCUGUCCUCCUGCUGUCCUCCACCUGUCCUGCUGUCCUCCACCUGUCCAUCUGUCCUGCUGUCGUCCCACUGUCCUCCACCUGUCCUGCUGUCCUCCACCUGUCCUGCUGUCCUCCACCUGUCCUGCUGUCCUCCAUCUGUCCUCCACCUGUCCUCCCGCUGUCCUCCACCUGUCCUGCUGUCCUCCAUCUGUCCUGCUGUCCUCCACCUGUCCUUUUGUCCUCCAUCUGUCCUGCUGUCCUCCAUCUGUCCUGCUGUCCUCCAUCUGUCCUGCUGUCCUCCAUCUGUCCUGCUGUCCUCAAUCUGUCCUGCUAUCCUCCCGCUGUCCUCCAUCUGUCCUGCUAUCCUCCCGCUGUCCUCAACCUGUCCUGCUGUCCUCCACCUGUCCUGCUGUCCUCCACCUGUCCUGCUGUCCUCCACCUGUCCUGCUGUCCUCCACCUGUCCUGCUGUCCUCCACCUGUCCUGCUGUCCUCCACCUGUCCUCCACCUGUCCUCCACCUGUCCUCCACCUGUCCUGCUGUCCUCCAACUGUCCUGCUGUCCUCCAACUGUCCUGCUGUCCUCCAUCUGUCCUGCUGUCCUCCAUCUGUCCUGCUGUCCUCCAUCUGUCCUGCUGUCCUCCACCUGUCCUGCUGUCCUCCACCUGUCCUGCUGUCCUCCACCUGUCCUGCUGUCCUCCAUCUGUCCUGCUGUCCUCCUGCUGUCCUCCACCUGUCCUGCUGUCCUCCAUCUGUCCUGCUGUCCUCCCGCUGUCCUCCACCUGUCCUGCUGUCCUCCAUCUGUCCUGCUGUCCUCCCGCUGUCCUCCACCUGUCCUGCUGUCCUCCACCUGUCCUGCUGUCCUCCACCUGUCCAGCUGUCCUCAAUCUGUCCUGCUGUCCUCCAUCUGUCCUGCUGUCCUCCACCUGUCCUGCUGUCCUCCACCUGUCCUGCUGUCCUCCAUCUGUCCUGCUGUCCUCCCGCUGUCCUCCACCUGUCCUGCUGUCCUCCACCUGUCCUGCUGUCCUCCAUCUGUCCUGCUGUCCUCCAUCUGUCCUGCUGUCCUCCCGCUGUCCUCCACCUGUCCUGCUGUCCUCCACCUGUCCUGCUGUCCUCCACCUGUCCUGCUGUCCUCCACCUGUCCUGCUGUCCUCCACCUGUCCUGCUGUCCUCCAUCUGUCCUGCUGUCCUCCAUCUGUCCUGCUGUCCUCCAUCAUUCCUGCUGUCCUCCAUCUGUCCUGCUGUCCUCCAUCUGUCCUGCUGUCCUCCAUCUGUCCUCCUGCUGUCCUCCCGCUGUCCUCCACCUGUCCUGCUGUCCUCCACCUGUCCUGCUGUCCUCCACCUGUCCUGCUGUCCUCCAUCUGUCCUGCUGUCCUCCAUCUGUCCUGCUGUCCUCCACCUGUCCUGCUGUCCUCCACCUGUCCUGCUGUCCUCCACCUGUCCUGCUGUCCUCCACCUGUCCUGCUGUCCUCCACCUGUCCUGCUGUCCUCCAUCUGUCCCGCUGUCCUCCAUCUGUCCCGCUGUCCUCCAUCUGUCCUGCUAUCCUCCCGCUGUCCUCCAUCUGUCCUGCUAUCCUCCUGCUGUCCUCCAUCUGUCCUGCUGUCCUCCACCUGUCCUGCUGUCCUCCACCUGUCCUGAAUUCCUCCAUCUGUCCUGCUGUCCUCCACCUGUCCAUCUGUCCUGCUGUCCUCCAUCUGUCCUGCUGUCCUCCCGCUGUCCUCCACCUGUCCUGCUGUCCUCCACCUGUCCUGCUGUCCUCCAUCUGUCCUGCUGUCCUCCACCUGUCCAUCUGUCCUGCUGUCGUCCCGCUGUCCUCCACCUGUCCUGCUGUCCUCCACCUGUCCUGCUGUCCUCCAUCUGUCCUGCUGUCCUCCCGCUGUCCUCCACCUGUCCUCCCGCUGUCCUCCAUCUGUCCUGCUGUCCUCCACCUGUCCUGCUGUCCUCCACCUGUCCUGCUGUCCUCCAUCUGUCCUGCUGUCCUCCAUCUGUCCUGCUGUCCUCCAUCUGUCCUGCUGUCCUCAAUCUGUCCUGCUAUCCUCCCGCUGUCCUCCAUCUGUCCUGCUAUCCUCCCGCUGUCCUCCAUCUGUCCUGCUGUCCUCCACCUGUCCUGCUGUCCUCCACCUGUCCUGCUGUCCUCCACCUGUCCUGCUGUCCUCCACCUGUCCUGCUGUCCUCCAUCUGUCCUGCUGUCCUCCACCUGUCCAUCUGUCCUGCUGUCGUCCCGCUGUCCUCCACCUGUCCUGCUGUCCUCCACCUGUCCUGCUGUCCUCCAUCUGUCCUGCUGUCCUCCCGCUGUCCUCCACCUGUCCUCCCGCUGUCCUCCAUCUGUCCUGCUGUCCUCCACCUGUCCUGCUGUCCUCCACCUGUCCUGCUGUCCUCCAUCUGUCCUGCUGUCCUCCAUCUGUCCUGCUGUCCUCCAUCUGUCCUGCUGUCCUCAAUCUGUCCUGCUAUCCUCCCGCUGUCCUCCAUCUGUCCUGCUAUCCUCCCGCUGUCCUCCAUCUGUCCUGCUGUCCUCCACCUGUCCUGCUGUCCUCCACCUGUCCUGCUGUCCUCCACCUGUCCUCCACCUGUCCUCCACCUGUCCUCCAACUGUCCUGCUGUCCUCCAACUGUCCUGCUGUCCUCCAUCUGUCCUGCUGUCCUCCAUCUGUCCUGCUGUCCUCCAUCUGUCCUGCUGUCCUCCAUCUGUCCUGCUGUCCUCCAUCUGUCCUGCUGUCCUCCUGCUGUCCUCCACCUGUCCUGCUGUCCUCCACCUGUCCUGCUGUCCUCCACCUGUCCUGCUGUCCUCCAUCUGUCCUGCUGUCCUCCUGCUGUCCUCCACCUGUCCUGCUGUCCUCCUGCUGUCCUCCACCUGUCCUGCUGUCCUCCAUCUGUCCUGCUGUCCUCCCGCUGUCCUCCACCUGUCCUGCUCUGUCCUCCAUCUGUCCUGCUGUCCUCCAUCUGUCCUGCUGUCCUCCACCUGUCCUGCUGUCCUCCACCUGUCCUGCUGUCCUCCAUCUGUCCUGCUGUCCUCCCGCUGUCCUCCACCUGUCCUGCUGUCCUCCAUCUGUCCUGCUGUCCUCCAUCUGUCCUGCUGUCCUCCUGCUGUCCUCCUGCUGUCCUCCACCUGUCCUGCUGUCCUCCACCUGUCCUGCUGUCCUCCACCUGUCCUCCACCUGUCCUGCUGUCCUCCACCUGUCCUGCUGUCCUCCACCUGUCCUGCUGUCCUCCACCUGUCCUGCUGUCCUCCAUCUGUCCUGCUGUCCUCCAUCUGUCCUGCUGUCCUCCACCUGUCCUGCUGUCCUCCAUCUGUCCUGCUGUCCUCCAUCUGUCCUGCUGUCCUCCCGCUGUCCUCCACCUGUCCUGCUGUCCUCCACCUGUCCUGCUGUCCUCCACCUGUCCUGCUGUCCUCCACCUGUCCUGCUGUCCUCCACCUGUCCUGCUGUCCUCCAUCUGUCCUGCUGUCCUCCAUCUGUCCUGCUGUCCUCCAUCUGUCCUGCUGUCCUCCAUCUGUCCUGCUGUCCUCCAUCUGUCCUCCUGCUGUCCUCCCGCUGUCCUCCACCUGUCCUGCUGUCCUCCACCUGUCCUGCUGUCCUCCACCUGUCCUGCUGUCCUCCAUCUGUCCUGCUGUCCUCCAUCUGUCCUGCUGUCCUCCACCUGUCCUGCUGUCCUCCACCUGUCCUGCUGUCCUCCACCUGUCCUGCUGUCCUCCACCUGUCCUGCUGUCCUCCACCUGUCCUGCUGUCCUCCACCUGUCCUGCUGUCCUCCAUCUGUCCCGCUGUCCUCCAUCUGUCCCGCUGUCCUCCAUCUGUCCCGCUGUCCUCCAUCUGUCCUGCUAUCCUCCCGCUGUCCUCCAUCUGUCCUGCUAUCCUCCUGCUGUCCUCCAUCUGUCCUGCUGUCCUCCACCUGUCCUGCUGUCCUCCACCUGUCCUGAAUUCCUCCAUCUGUCCUGCUGUCCUCCAUCUGUCCUGCUGUCCUCCAUCUGUCCUGCUGUCCUCCAUCUGUCCUGCUGUCCUCCAUCUGUCCUGCUGUCCUCCACCUGUCCUGCUGUCCUCCACCUGUCCUGCUGUCCUCCAUCUGUCCUGCUGUCCUCCCGCUGUCCUCCACCUGUCCAGCUGUCCUCCACCUGUCCUGCUGUCCUCCAUCUGUCCUGCUGUCCUCCAUCUGUCCUCCACCUGUCCUCCCGCUGUCCUCCACCUGUCCAGCUGUCCUCCACCUGUCCAGCUGUCCUCCACCUGUCCAGCUGUCCUCCACCUGUCCUGCUGUCCUCCAUCUGUCCUGCUGUCCUCCAUCUGUCCUGCUGUCCUCCCGCUGUCCUCCACCUGUCCUCCUGCUGUCCUCCACCUGUCCUGCUGUCCUCCACCUGUCCAUCUGUCCUGCUGUCGUCCCGCUGUCCUCCACCUGUCCUGCUGUCCUCCACCUGUCCUGCUGUCCUCCAUCUGUCCUGCUGUCCUCCCGCUGUCCUCCACCUGUCCUCCCGCUGUCCUCCACCUGUCCUGCUGUCCUCCAUCUGUCCUGCUGUCCUCCAUCUGUCCUGCUGUCCUCCAUCUGUCCUGCUGUCCUCCAUCUGUCCUGCUGUCCUCCAUCUGUCCUGCUGUCCUCAAUCUGUCCUGCUAUCCUCCCGCUGUCCUCCAUCUGUCCUGCUAUCCUCCCGCUGUCCUCCAUCUGUCCUGCUGUCCUCCACCUGUCCUGCUGUCCUCCACCUGUCCUGCUGUCCUCCUGCUGUCCUCCACCUGUCCUGCUGUCCUCCACCUGUCCUCCACCUGUCCUGCUGUCCUCCACCUGUCCUGCUGUCCUCCAACUGUCCUGCUGUCCUCCAUCUGUCCUGCUGUCCUCCACCUGUCCUGCUGUCCUCCAUCUGUCCUGCUGUCCUCCAUCUGUCCUGCUGUCCUCCUGCUGUCCUCCACCUGUCUUGCUGUCCUCCACCUGUCCUGCUGUCCUCCACCUGUCCUGCUGUCCUCCACCUGUCCUGCUGUCCUCCAUCUGUCCUGCUGUCCUCCUGCUGUCCUCCACCUGUCCUGCUGUCCUCCAUCUGUCCUGCUGUCCUCCCGCUGUCCUCCACCUGUCCUGCUGUCCUCCAUCUGUCCUGCUGUCCUCCCGCUGUCCUCCACCUGUCCUGCUGUCCUCCACCUCUCCUGCUGUCCUCCACCUGUCCUGCUGUCCUCCACCUGUCCAGCUGUCCUCCAUCUGUCCUGCUGUCCUCCAUCUGUCCUGCUGUCCUCCACCUGUCCUGCUGUCCUCCACCUGUCCUGCUGUCCUCCAUCUGUCCUGCUGUCCUCCCGCUGUCCUCCACCUGUCCCGCUGUCCUCCACCUGUCCUGCUGUCCUCCACCUGUCCUGCUGUCCUCCACCUGUCCUGCUGUCCUCCAUCUGUCCUGCUGUCCUCCAUCUGUCCUGCUGUCCUCCCGCUGUCCUCCACCUGUCCUGCUGUCCUCCACCUGUCCUGCUGUCCUCCACCUGUCCUGCUGUCCUCCACCUGUCCUGCUGUCCUCCAUCUGUCCUGCUGUCCUCCAUCUGUCCUGCUGUCCUCCAUCUGUCCUGCUGUCCUCCAUCUGUCCUGCUGUCCUCCAUCAUUCCUGCUGUCCUCCAUCUGUCCUGCUGUCCUCCAUCUGUCCUGCUGUCCUCCAUCUGUCCUGCUGUCCUCCAUCUGUCCUGCUGUCCUCCAUCUGUCCUCCUGCUGUCCUCCCGCUGUCCUCCACCUGUCCUGCUGUCCUCCACCUGUCCUGCUGUCCUCCCGCUGUCCUGCUGUCCUCCAUCUGUCCUGCUGUCCUCCACCUGUCCUGCUGUCCUCCACCUGUCCUGCUGUCCUCCACCUGUCCUGCUGUCCUCCACCUGUCCUGCUGUCCUCCACCUGUCCUGCUGUCCUCCACCUGUCCUGCUGUCCUCCAUCUGUCCUGCUGUCCUCCCGCUGUCCUCCACCUGUCCUGCUGUCCUCCAUCUGUCCUGCUGUCCUCCAUCUGUCCUGCUGUCCUCCCGCUGUCCUCCACCUGUCCUCCCGCUGUCCUCCACCUGUCCUCCCGCUGUCCUCCACCUGUCCUGCUGUCCUCCACCUGUCCUGCUGUCCUCCAUCUGUCCUGCUGUCCUCCAUCUGUCCUGCUGUCCUCCACCUGUCCUGCUGUCCUCCAUCUGUCCUGCUGUCCUCCACCUGUCCUGCUGUCCUCCACCUGUCCUGCUGUCCUCCAUCUGUCCUGCUGUCCUCCCGCUGUCCUCCACCUGUCCUGCUGUCCUCCACCUGUCCUGCUGUCCUCCAUCUGUCCUGCUGUCCUCCAUCUGUCCUGCGGUCCUCCCGCUGUCCUCCCGCUGUCCUCCCGCUGUCCUCCCGCUGUCCUCCACCUGUCCUGCUGUCCUCCACCUGUCCUGCUGUCCUCCACCUGUCCUGCUGUCCUCCACCUGUCCUGCUGUCCUCCAUCUGUCCUGCUGUCCUCCAUCUGUCCUGCUGUCCUCCAUCUGUCCUGCUGUCCUCCAUCUGUCCUGCUGUCCUCCAUCUGUCCUCCUGCUGUCCUCCCGCUGUCCUCCUGCUGUCCUCCCGCUGUCCUCCACCUGUCCUGCUGUCCUCCACCUGUCCUGCUGUCCUCCACCUGUCCUGCUGUCCUCCAUCUGUCCUGCUGUCCUCCAUCUGUCCUGCUGUCCUCCAUCUGUCCUGCUGUCCUCCCGCUGUCCUCCACCUUUCCUGCUGUCCUCCACCUGUCCUGCUGUCCUCCAUCUGUCCUGCUGUCCUCCAUCUGUCCUGCUGUCCUCCAUCUGUCCUGCUGUCCUCCAUCUGUCCUGCUGUCCUCCAUCUGUCCUGCUGUCCUCCAUCUGUCCUGCUGUCCUCCAUCUGUCCUGCUGUCCUCCAUCUGUCCUGCUGUCCUCCACCUGUCCUCCACCUGUCCUGCUGUCCUCCACCUGUCCUGCUGUCCUCCAUCUGUCCUGCUGUCCUCAAUCUGUCCUGCUGUCCUCAAUCUGUCCUGCUGUCCUCAAUCUGUCCUGCUGUCCUCCACCUGUCCUGCUGUCCUCCAUCUGUCCUGCUGUCCUCCCGCUGUCCUCCACCUUUCCUGCUGUCCUCCACCUGUCCUGCUGUCCUCCAUCUGUCCUGCUGUCCUCCAUCUGUCCUGCUGUCCUCCAUCUGUCCUGCUGUCCUCCAUCUGUCCUGCUGUCCUCCAUCUGUCCUGCUGUCCUCCAUCUGUCCUGCUGUCCUCCAUCUGUCCUGCUGUCCAUCUGUCCUGCUGUCCUCCACCUGUCCUCCACCUGUCCUGCUGUCCUCCAUCUGUCCUGCUGUCCUCCAUCUGUCCUGCUGUCCUCCAUCUGUCCUGCUGUCCUCCAUCUGUCCUGCUGUCCUCCAUCUGUCCUGCUGUCCUCCAUCUGUCCUGCUGUCCUCCACCUGUCCUGCUGUCCUCCACCUGUCCUCCACCUGUCCUGCUGUCCUCCACCUGUCCUGCUGUCCUCCAUCUGUCCUGCUGUCCUCCAUCUGUCCUCCUGCUGUCCUCCCGCUGUCCUCCACCUGUCCUGCUGUCCUCCACCUGUCCUGCUGUCCUCCACCUGUCCUGCUGUCCUCCAUCUGUCCUGCUGUCCUCCCGCUGUCCUCCUGCUGUCCUCCCGCUGUCCUCCCGCUGUCCUCCACCUGUCCUGCUGUCCUCCACCUGUCCUGCUGUCCUCCAUCUGUCCUGCUGUCCUCCAUCUGUCCUGCUGUCCUCCAUCUGUCCUGCUGUCCUCCAUCUGUCCUCCUGCUGUCCUCCCGCUGUCCUCCACCUGUCCUGCUGUCCUCCACCUGUCCUGCUGUCCUCCACCUGUCCUGCUGUCCUCCACCUGUCCUGCUGUCCUCCAUCUGUCCUGCUGUCCUCCCUCUGUCCUGCUGUCCUCCCGCUGUCCUCCUGCUGUCCUCCCGCUGUCCUCCACCUGUCCUGCUGUCCUCCACCUGUCCUCCACCUGUCCUGCUGUCCUCCACCUGUCCUGCUGUCCUCCACCUGUCCUGCUGUCCUCCAUCUGUCCUGCUGUCCUCCACCUGUCCUGCUGUCCUCCAUCUGUCCUGCUGUCCUCCAUCUGUCCUGCUGUCCUCCAUCUGUCCUGCUGUCCUCCAUCUGUCCUGCUGUCCUCCAUCUGUCCUGCUGUCCUCCCGCUGUCCUCCACCUGUCCUGCUGUCCUCCACCUGUCCUGCUGUCCUCCAUCUGUCCUGCUGUCCUCCAUCUGUCCUGCUGUCCUCCACCUGUCCUGCUGUCCUCCAUCUGUCCUGCUGUCCUCCAUCUGUCCUGCUGUCCUCCAUCUGUCCUGCUGUCCUCCAUCUGUCCUCCACCUGUCCUCCAUCUGUCCUCCACCUGUCCUCCACCUGUCCCUGUCCUCCACCUGUCCUCCUCUGUCCUCCACUGUCCUGCUGUCCUCCAUCUGUCCUGCUGUCCUCCCUGUCCUCCGCUGUCCUCCACCUGUCCUGCUGUCCUCCACCUGUCCUGCUGUCCUCCACCUGUCCUGCUGUCCUCCCCGUCCCUGUCCUGCUGUCCUCCAUGUCCUGCUGUGUCCUCCACCUGUCCUGCUGUCCUCCACCUGUCCUGCUGUCCUCCACCUGUCCUGCUGUCCUCCACCUGUCCUGCUGUCCUCCACCUGUCCUGCUGUCCUCCACCUGUCCUGCUGUCCUCCACUGUCCUGCUGUCCUCCAUCUGUCCUGCUGUCCUCCACCUGUCCUGCUGUCCUCCACUGUCCUGCUGUCCUCCACUGUCCUGUCCUCCUGUCCUGCUGUCCUCCAUCUGUCCUGCUGUCCUCCCGCCGUCUUCCACCUGUCCUGCUGUCCUCCACCUGUCCUGCUGUCCUCCUGCUGUCCUCCACCUGUCCUGCUGUCCUCCACCUGUCCUGCUGUCCUCCACCUGUCCUCCACCUGUCCUGCUGUCCUCCACCUGUCCUUCUGUCCUCCAUCUGUCCUGCUGUCCUCCAUCUGUCCUGCUGUCCUCCAUCUGUCCUGCUGUCCUCCAUCUGUCCUGCUGUCCUCCAUCUGUCCUGCUGUCCUCCAUCUGUCCUGCUGUCCUCCAUCUGUCCUGCUGUCCUCAAUCUGUCCUGCUGUCCUCCUGCUGUCCUCCAUCUGUCCUGCUGUCCUCCAUCUGUCCUGCUGUCCUCCACCUGUCCUGCUGUCCUCCAUCUGUCCUGCUGUCCUCCACCUGUCCUCCACCUGUCCUGCUGUCCUCCACCUGUCCUGCUGUCUUCCAUCUGUCCUGCUGUCCUCCACCUGUCCUGCUGUCCUCCACCUGUCCUGCUGUCCUCAAUCUGUCCUGCUGUCCUCCACCUGUCCUGCUGUCCUCCACCUGUCCUGCUGUCCUCCAUCUGUCCUGCUGUCCUCCAUCUGUCCUGCUGUCCUCCCGCUGUCCUCCACCUGUCCUGCUGUCCUCCACCUGUCCUGCUGUCCUCCAUCUGUCCUGCUGUCCUCCAUCUGUCCUGCUGUCCUCCCCGCUGUCCUCCACCUGUCCUGCUGUCCUCCACCUGUCCUGCUGUCCUCCAUCUGUCCUGAUGUCCUCCCGCUGUCCUCCAUCUGUCCUGCUGUCCUCCCGCUGUCCUCCACCUGUCCUGCUGUCCUCCAUCUGUCCUGCUGUCCUCCAUCUGUCCUCCAUCUGUCCUGCUGUCCUCCAUCUGUCCUGCUGUCCUCCAUCUGUCCUGCUGUCCUCCCGCUGUCCUCCAUCUGUCCUGCUGUCCUCCAUCUGUCCUGCUGUCCUCCAUCUGUCCUGCUGUCCUCCUGCUGUCCUCCACCUGUCCUGCUGUCCUCCACCUGUCCUGCUGUCCUCCACCUGUCCUGCUGUCCUCCACCUGUCCUGCUGUCCUCCACCUGUCCUGCUGUCCUCCAUCUGUCCUGCUGUCCUCCACCUGUCCUGCUGUCCUCCACCUGUCCUGCUGUCCUCUACCUGUCCUGCUGUCCUCAAUCUGUCCUGCUGUCCUCAAUCUGUCCUGCUGUCCUCCACCUGUCCUGCUGUCCUCCAUCUGUCCUGCUGUCCUCCUGCUGUCCUCCAUCUGUCCUGCGGUCCUCCACCUGUCCUGCUGUCCUCCACCUGUCCUGCUGUCCUCCACCUGUCCUGCUGUCCUCAAUCUGUCCUGCUGUCCCUCAAUCUGUCCCGCUGUCCUCCACCUGUCCUGCUGUCCUCCACCUGUCCUGCUGUCCUCCUGCUCCUGCUAGUUUGGGAAUUGUCUUCUGGGGAGAUGCUGCUGUCUGUCCUGUUUGAUGUUGCGAUCAUGUCUGUGACCCUCGACCCCUCUGAGUACUUCCUGUUCUGUGGCGGAAGUGACGGAAACAUAUUCCAAGUUUCAUUAUGCAGUCAGAGCAUCACACGGGAUAAACAGUUUCAGAGCGGGGACGCCGGUAACCAGGUGUUCAAGGGACACAGGAAUCUGGUGACUUGCCUUUCUAUGUCCAUGGAUGGGACACUCCUCCUGUCAGGUUCUCAUGAUGAAACGGCUCGACUUUGGGACAUUCAAAGCAAACAGAGCAUUCGCUGCCUCAACCACAAAGGUCCGGUGACUAAUGCAGUGAUCACGCUGGCCCCUGCGAACAUGUUCCUGCCCGACAGCCGGCCCUCACUACCUUUGCCGCGCUUCAGCCGACACGUGCACGGCAGCGAAGGCGACGCCAGCGAGUCCGGGGAGAUGUGUGUGCGCCUGGGUCUUCACAUACAGGAAGAAGAUGAGACUUACCUCCAAAAGGCAGAUAAACUCAAUUCUUUAAUGAACGCAGUCACAGACAAGUCUGUGUUUGGCGACGGCGAGAACACAAAGGUGCGAGUGGCCGAGCUGGAAGAAGAGGUGCAGACGCUGAAGAAAGUCAACAUAGACCUGUACGACUUCUCCACACAGCUGCUCACCAAACCCACGUAG